UUCCCAAAACCCAAAGGCAAAGAACAACUCCAACACUGUCUCCUCAAUCUCCCCAAACUCCAAUUCAAACACUUCCACUCUUCCUAUAAUUGCAUCAAAACCCCAUUUUUUUUCUUCUCAAUUCCUUCACCAACCAAAAACCCACAUGGCUCUUCUUCACAAGUUUUCAUCUUUCACCUCUCCAACUUCCCCUCUCACUCCAAAUCGCCGUUUUCGCCAACCCAACUGCACAAUUUCAUCCACUUCACCCUUCACAGAAAAACACUCCUCAGAAAGAUACCAAAGGGACCAAUGGGUUUACCAGAAAACAAUUUCGUGUAAUCACGACACCCCUUUUGGUGAUUCAACAAGAGAGGAUGAUAUAGCUUUACAGCUCCCAGAGCUGAAGAAGCUUGUUCAGGUGUUGAAGAAAAAACGGGAAAGUGAAGGGAAAUGCAGUGAAGGGAAGUGUGUUCCUGGUGAUGUGUUUUUGGUUGGAACAGGACCUGGUGAUCCUGAGUUGUUGACGGUUAAAGCUGUUAGAGUUAUUAAGAGUGCUGAUUUGUUGUUGUAUGAUAGGUUGGUUUCUAAUGAUGUUUUGGAUUUGGUUGGUCCUAAUGCGAAACUUCUGUAUGUGGGAAAAACUGCUGGGUACCAUAGUAGAACUCAGGAGGAAAUACAUGAGCUUCUUUUGAGUUUCGCAGAAGCUGGAGCCACUGUUGUGAGACUUAAAGGGGGUGAUCCAUUGGUGUUUGGGAGGGGUGGCGAGGAAAUGGAUUUUUUGCAACAGCAAGGUAUCCAUGUGAAAGUUAUUCCAGGUAUAACAGCAGCAUCUGGAAUUGCGGCGGAAUUAGGGAUUCCGUUAACUCACCGCGGUAUUGCAAAUAGCGUGAGAUUCCUCACGGGGCAUUCGAGGAAAGGAGGAAGCGAUCCUUUAUUUGUGUCGGAAAAUGCUGCUGAUCCCGAUUCUACCUUGGUGGUUUAUAUGGGCUUGUCAACGUUCCCUUCCCUUUCGCAGAAACUAAUGCAUCAUGGUUUGUCCCCUCACACCCCGGCUGUAGCCAUUGAACGGGGGACCACACUUCAGCAGCGCACGGUGUUUGCAGAACUUAAAGACCUUCCUGAGAAAAUUGCAUCUACGGGAUUAGAGUCACCGACACUGCUAAUUAUAGGAAAAGUUGUUGAGUUAUCGCCAUUUUGGCCUAUUCCAACAAAACAAGAAUCAUCUUUAAUGCAAGCAUGAUUGAUGUUUAUUAGAAAUACUGUCACCGCCAAGCUUGUGAAGAUGAAGUUUAAUACCUCUGCAUACAAAAGGGUUUACGGUUCUUGCAAUUUGGAUGCAUUUUCAGAUGUUUGCCGAAAUGAAGAACUUCUGCGUUACGAUUGCAGUUUCUAUUGGAGCUGUUGGGUUUGCGCAGAAGUAAUUUGGAACAAAUUUUGCUUCAAAAUGUUGCAGAUUUAGAAUAAAACAAACCGCGAUGCACAGAUUUUGCUCGUUUUUCAACCGGCAAUCACAAUUUACACCAGAGUUUCUGACUAAGGCUUUAGUUUCCUGGAUUGGUUAACUUUCCAUAGUUAGGUGAAUUUUUUUGUCAUAAUCUAUUUAGCAUUGUUUUUAUUAGGACAAAAUAAUGUUGCUAGUUAGAAUUCGAAGACACUCUUUCUUUCGACAUUCAUUUGUUAUCGUCACUUGCUAGAUCAGCAUAUUGUAACAGAAUAUUGUCACGGUUUCAGAAGUUGCAAAUGGAGUUGCGAUUGUAGCUA